AUGGGAAAGGCCAUUUUCCUUGCCGAUAGUGGUCACAAGCCUGGAGAGCCAGGAAGUGUUUCUUAUCCGCUCAUCUUACGCAAUAUCCCCAAGCCGGUGCCGAAGGAAGGGGAACUUCUUGUACAGUUGAAAGCAUCUGCUCUUAAUCAUCGUGACGUUUUCAUUCGCCAAAGGCUCAAUUCUGGCAUCACAUUCGAUGUCCCAAUUGGGUCGGACGGUGUUGGAGUUGUUAUUUCUGUAGGAUCUCAGGACCCUGCAUCGCAGGAAUGGGUUGGACGGCGUGUCAUUCUCAAUCCCGGAAAAGGCUGGGAUGAUGCCGUGGAAGGACCCGAUAAUAAAGAAGCCUACGCUGUCAUGGGAGGAACCAGACACUACCGUAAUGGGACAUUCCAGGAAUUCAUCGCUAUUCACGAACGAUAUGUGGAAGUAGUCCCUGGGUAUCUCACCAAUGCGGAGGCGGCUGCACUUCCCUUGGCUGGGUUGACUGCCUGGAGAGCAUUAAUGACGAAAUCUGGAAUGAAUAACUGCAGAAAGGGUGCUGUUGUGCUGGUGACAGGAAUUGGUGGUGGUGUAGCACUGAUGGCAAUGCAGUUCGCUGUUACAAGAGGAGCAGAUGUUUACAUCACAAGUUCUAGUGAGGAGAAGAUUCAACAUGCCAUUCGGAUGGGUGCGAAGGGUGGCGUCAAUUACAAUGCUGGUAACUGGGAGAAAUCGCUUUUAGAAAUGCUCAGUACUGAGAGACCCUACUUUGACGCGGUCAUUGAUGGAGCUGGAGGAGAUUCCAUCGAAAGGUCUGUGAAGUUACUGAAGGCUGGCGGUGUAAUUUCGCUAUAUGGAAUGACUGUCUCUCCAAAGAUGAUUUUCCCAAUGCAGGCUGUUAUCAAAAAUAUAGAUGUACGCGGUUCGACUAUGGGCUCCCGGGGAGAGUUUUACCAGAUGGUCGAGUUCGUCAGAGCUCACAGAAUCCGGCCUGUGAUUUCAAAGGUUCUACGAGCAAGUUUGGACGAUAUCGGCGCCAUAGACUCACUCUUCAAUGACAUGCGAAGUGGAAAGCAGUUUGGGAAGCUUGUUCUGGAAUUUUGCGAUGACAUUGAAAAGAGUAACAUGUAA